CUUUGAUUUCUACAAAUAUGAUUGUUCUAUUUUCCAAGAGAAUAUACUGAAAGGCUAUAUUCAUUUUUUUCCAGUGCAAUAAAGUUACAUAGUGUCUAUUUUUUGUUGAAGGGGUAUUUUUUCAUGGGUUUACCUUGGUAUCGUGUUCAUACUGUUGUUUUAAAUGAUCCGGGCCGUUUGCUUUCUGUUCAUAUAAUGCACACAGCUCUAGUUGCUGGUUGGGCCGGUUCGAUGGCUCUAUAUGAAUUAGCAGUUUUUGAUCCCUCUGACCCUGUUCUUGAUCCAAUGUGGAGACAGGGUAUGUUCGUUAUACCUUUCAUGACUCGUUUAGGAAUAACUAAUUCGUGGGGCGGUUGGAAUAUCACAGGAGGGGCUAUAACGAAUCCGGGUAUUUGGAGUUACGAAGGUGUGGCCGGAGCACAUAUUGUGUUUUCAGGCUUGUGCUUUUUAGCGGCUAUUUGGCAUUGGGUUUAUUGGGAUCUAGAAAUCUUUUGUGAUGAACGUACUGGAAAACCUUCUUUGGAUUUGCCAAAAAUUUUUGGAAUUCAUUUAUUUCUUGCAGGGGUGGCUUGUUUUGGUUUUGGCGCAUUUCAUGUAACAGGAUUGUAUGGUCCCGGAAUAUGGGUGUCUGAUCCUUAUGGACUAACUGGAAGGAUACAAUCCGUAAAUCCCGCGUGGGGUGUGGAAGGUUUUGAUCCUUUUGUUCCGGGGGGGAUAGCUUCUCAUCAUAUUGCGGCAGGAACGUUGGGCAUAUUAGCUGGUCUUUUCCAUCUUAGUGUGCGUCCACCCCAACGUCUAUAUAAAGGAUUACGUAUGGGAAAUAUUGAAACUGUCCUUUCUAGCAGUAUUGCUGCUGUCUUUUUUGCAGCUUUUGUCGUUGCUGGAACUAUGUGGUAUGGUUCAGCAACAACCCCCAUUGAAUUAUUUGGUCCUACUCGAUAUCAAUGGGAUCAGGGAUACUUCCAGCAAGAAAUAUAUCGAAGAAUUGGUGCUGGACUAGCCGAAAAUCAAAAUUUAUCAGAAGCUUGGUCUAAAAUUCCUGAAAAAUUAGCUUUUUAUGAUUACAUCGGAAAUAAUCCAGCAAAAGGGGGGUUAUUUAGAGCGGGUUCCAUGGACAAUGGAGAUGGAAUAGCCGUCGGUUGGUUAGGACAUCCCAUUUUUCGAGAUAAAGAAGGACAUGAGCUUUUUGUACGUCGUAUGCCUACUUUUUUUGAAACAUUUCCAGUUGUUUUAGUAGAUGGGGACGGAAUUGUUAGAGCCGAUGUUCCUUUUCGAAGAGCAGAAUCGAAAUAUAGUGUCGAACAAGUAGGUGUAACUGUUGAGUUCUAUGGUGGUGAGCUUAAUGGAGUAAGUUAUAGUGAUCCCGCUACUGUGAAAAAAUAUGCUAGACGUGCUCAAUUGGGUGAAAUUUUUGAAUUAGAUCGUGCUACUUUGAAAUCAGAUGGUGUUUUUCGUAGCAGUCCAAGGGGUUGGUUUACUUUUGGGCAUGCUUCAUUUGCUCUGCUAUUCUUUUUCGGGCACAUUUGGCAUGGUGCUAGAACUUUGUUCAGAGAUGUUUUUGCUGGUAUCGACCCAGAUUUAGAUGCUCAAGUAGAAUUUGGAGCAUUCCAAAAACUUGGAGAUCCAACUACAAGAAGACCGGUAGUAUAACAUUCUUUUGUUCUUUUCUACUUUUUUCUAAUUUUUAAUUUCACAUAAAGAACUAGAUAAAUCUUGAUUUGAAUCAUUGCAUUUAUUCUUUUUUUUCUUUUCGAAAAGAGCCCCACCCCAAGAAACAGGUAUGAAAGCUAUAAUUGUAAACCACGAUUAAAUUUAUGGAAGCUUUGGUUUAUACAUUCCUCUUAGUCUCAACUUUAGGAAUUAUUUUUUUCGCGAUUUUUUUUAGAGAACCUCCUAAAGUUCCGACGAAAAAGGUAAAAUAAUGUUUUAUUAUCUUAAUUGAAGUAAUGAGCCCCCAAUAGGGAGGGCGCAUUACUUCAACUAGUCCCCAUGUUCUUCAAAUGGAUCUCUUAGUUGUUGGGAGGGUUGCCCAAAGGCAGUAUAUAAGGCAUACCCAGUAAAACUUACAAGUAAACCAGAUAUAGAGAUGGCAAUUAGAGUUGCUGUUUCCAUUAUUUUAAUUAUAAAGUUUCCAGAUCACAAUAGAUCGAUCUAUAGGAUAAGAUCCUUAUAUUUACAGCGGAAUGGUAUACAAAGUCAACAGAUCUAAAUGAAUAAAAAAGAGUAUUUAUGGCUACGCAAACCGUUGAGGAUAAUUCUAGAUCUGGUCCAAGACGAACUGUUGUAGGGAAUUUAUUGAAACCUUUAAAUUCAGAAUAUGGUAAA